AUGUCGAAAAUCUCUGUCGCCGGCGUUCGUACGAACGUUCAACAGCUCCUUGAGUACUCCAACGAGACCAAGAAGAGGAACUUCCUCGAGACGGUCGAACUCCAGAUCGGCCUCAAGAACUACGACCCCCAGCGUGACAAGCGUUUCUCUGGAACCAUCAAGCUGCCUACGCUUCCCCGUCCUCGCAUGAGCAUCUGCGUUCUCGGUGACCAGCACGACAUUGACCGUGCCAAGCACCAUGGUGUCGAUGCCAUGAGCACUGAUGACUUGAAGAAGCUCAACAAGAACAAGAAGCUCAUCAAGAAGCUCGCCAAGAAGUACGACGCCUUCGUGGCCUCGGACGCCCUCAUCAAGCAGAUUCCCCGUCUCCUCGGCCCCGGUCUCUCCAAGGCCGGAAAGUUCCCCACGCCCGUUUCGCACGCUGAGGACCUUGCCAACAAGAUGAACGAGGUCAAGUCGACCAUCAAGUUCCAGCUGAAGAAGGUUCUGUGCAUGGGUGUCGCUAUCGGCAACGUUGGCAUGACUGAGGACGAGCUGAUUGGCAACAUCAUGUUGGCCAUCAACUACCUUGUCUCUCUGCUGAAGAAGGGAUGGCAGAACGUGGGCUCCUUGACCAUCAAGGCCACCAUGAGCCCUCCCAAGCGUCUCUACUAG